AGAACUUCUUCUGAGGCCAUUCCUAACCUCGAAAAAACCCGCCAAAGGAGCACCUCGGCCUCUACGCACUCUUGACUGCACCCGAAGCUUUCAAUUGCUCGUCAUCGCCAACAUGUCUCUCGCACAGUCAAUCUACAGCACCGUGUUCCGCAAGAACUGGACCAUGCUUGCGGCCGUCUUUGGCGCGGGCUUUGCCUGGGAGAUCGGUUUCAACUCCACCAUGAACAAGAUCUGGGACGCCAACAACCGAGGCCGCCAAUGGAAGGACAUCCGACACAAGUACGUUGAGGGCGGCGAGGACGAGGAGUAAAGACAGCUUGGCAGAUAAAAACUACGGUUACUAUGGCUAGAAUGGGCGCGGCGUGGGAGUGUCUGAGGAAAAUGUACAAAAGCAACG